AUGAAAAAAACUUCUAAUUAUAUCCUAGAUCCGUUAGUAGAUACAGAUGACGACAACUUUUUCGUGGGUCGCCGUGAGAGCUGCAGACAUCUCCAGCAGGGCCAGACGAGCAAGGAGAGGAGAAAACCAAGUUCCUCCCCAUCAAGAACAUUGAAACCUCACCCCUUGGAACCGCAAGC